AGUUGCAGCUUCAAAAUUUGAAGAGUGUAAUGCUUUGAUUAAAGAUAUGCAUUCUAAUUUGUAUUCACAGGAGCAGUCACUGUUACUUUUGAGAUUUGAGUCUUGCAAAAUUCAACAAUCUUAUUCAGCUUGUGUAACAGAUUUAUCUACAAAAUUGGCAUCACUGUCAAAUGAAGUAUGUAAACUUGGUUCAUCACAUCCUUUCACAGUUGCUAAGCUUCUCCAUGCCUUGUUUUCAAGUAUAAGAUCAAAUAUCAUACCAUUAGUAAAUAAUGUAUUUGCUUUUCAUAAGUGGAGUUUAGCAUCCAAUUUUGGCAGUGCUAUUGUGUUUGCAACAAUAAUUGAUUGGUGCUCUUAUAUAUCUUGCCUUCAACAAGAAGAUUAUAAGCUUGAUGAUGCUCUGUCUAACUUAUUGCCCAUGUUGCAGUCUGUACAUGAUAUCCUCCCAAGUGAUUGCACCACUCUGGUUAGUAGUUUGAAUGUGAAACAAGAUAAAUCUAUUCUUCUUAAACAACUUUCAUCAAUUGGGAAUAUUUUGCUGAAUGCUACAAAUAUGAAAAAAUAUCAAAAUGAGCAUUUUCCUCAUUUUUAUCAAAUGUUUCUAAAAUUUUAUGAGAAUUGUGUAAAAUUGCAUGCUCAGUGUCAAGGAUCAUGGGAAAAAUCUCAUGCCAUUAAUAUCACUAGUAAUGAUAUUAAAGACUUAACCACCUGCCUUUUAAAUUCAAUUUUGGAAUUAAGAAAGGAUUUUUUUAUGGCCAAGAGAAGAUUUUAUUCCCUUUAUACUGCAAAUCCGAAUAAAAAAUGUGAUAUCAUUUCAUUGUGUAAACAUUCUAUUCAAGACCUUCAAUCUGUCUCAUCACUGUUGCCACAAAUUGGUGUGAUUUCGUUGACUCAGGAUGCAAUUGAUGAGGCCAAUUUUGUUUUUAAAGCUUGCUCUGAUGUUUCUGAUGGCUUGAUAAUGUUAGCUAGUGACUUGAAAUUUUCUCAAGACCUUUCAUUAUUUUUUGAAGCUCUUUAUACUAAGCAACAGGCAGAUUUGGUGCCAAUCAUUCAGAAUUUACUUAAAGGUGUAAGAAGUAUUUUAGAAGAGGAGAUGUUUCUGCAAUCACAGAGGCAGCUUCAAGGUCAUAUUCAGUCUGAUAGAAAAGAAUACUUUGAUGUUCAUUUUUUUGUUCUCUUGAAUUUUGAAAACUGGAAUUUUACUGAUGAGAACUUCAGAGUUGCCUUGCAUUUUUAUAAUACUGAUCAAAUUAGCUCCAGUAAUUUUGUUUUGGCUGAGUUGAAAGAGAAAUGUGCUGUAAUGACAGCGAAAGUUAUGUUUCAUAAAAAGUAUUUAGGAAGAAAAAUUUAUUAUAAGUAUUGGGUUUUCAACCCCAAUGUUAACCUUGAAGAGCUACUCUAUAUGCAUGAAGCUAAGAGUGAUGAUUGCAAUUCCUGCUUUCGAGUGCAUACACUUCCUACUCAAGGCGACAUAUGUGAAAAUUCAUACUUUAUAUAUGAUCCACCUGUUUAUCCUCAACAGUUAAAAGCUUUUUAUCAAAGAUGGUUCAGUAGUACUAUUUUUAAGGAACCUGACAGAAAGAAGGAAGGAGAGAUAUGUUUUAUAUUAUAUCUAAGUGCAUAUUUCACUCAAAAACAACUUUCUCAUGAUGAUGUAAAUGCAUUCUACUCAAAGCUUACAAGAGUGUAUGACUCCUUAAUGUCUUCUAAAAAAGUAAACAUUUACCACAAAGAAAAUUAUUUGAAAGUUUUAACUGUUACUGGAGAAACUUCUUUUGGAAGGAUUUUAAUUACGGAAAGUGAUAAACUUUUAAGAAAUCCAAAACCUCAAUGCAUUCUUCAGUAUAUAGUACUGUGCCACUUUUUGACUCAUCAUUUGAAGUCAUUAUCCGGAGACUUCAUUGAUACUAUAUUGUCAUCAUUACAAGUGACGUAUGAUGGUGAUUCAUUAAACAAAUGUUCUCAGUAUGACAUCAUAAUUAAGUUUCAACACUUGGAUUUAAUAAAAAAGUUGAUAGCAGAAAUCUUUUUGGCAAUUGGGAAAUGUUUGCUAUUUCCUAAAUCUGAUGUUUCAUUGGCAUUGUUUUUGAAAGCAUUGCCAUUAUAUCAUUGGUUUGUUGGCCAUCACCCUACAGAGCCAUUUGUUGAACUGGAUGUAAAACCAGAUACUAUCAAAGAAUUAAUAAAGAGUUAUGAGUAUCUUUACUCCAAAAAAGCAUGUAUAAUUCAAAACAUAUUGGCGAAGUUAAACUCUUCAGAUUUAGAAGGAGAUGCUAAGCUUCAAGCUGUUUUGUUUGUCAUUUGUCCUCCUGCACAGUAUCCUGUUUUACUUAAUUAUGUUUCACUACCAAUAAUCCUUAUUGGAAUUAGCAUGGAGAUGAAAAGCACAGAUGAAAAAAACAUUGAAAAGCUUUUGAAAGAAGUUAAGAGUGGACAUGCUUGCUCUGGUGCAACAGAAGCGUUUUUUGGUUGA